CACACAAAUUGUCACUCAAUUUGUUUGCGUUUAUUUACAACCGAUUAGUGAACACUCGUUAUAAUGAAUGACUUGAAAGACAACAACUCACUGCACAUCAGUUGGUGUGACAGUCAAUGGCUUCCAGGUCUCGGCCAACACAAUGUCUUGGAGUACUUCAGCGAGAGAUCCAACCCUUUCUACGACAGGACCUGUAAUAACGAGAUCCUUAAAAUGCAGAGAUUGGCCACCGAUCAGCUCAGCAAAUUUCAAGGCAUUGAAUACAUACUACUUCACUGUCAAGAGCCGAUCCUAUACGUGAUCCGCAAACAGGAGCGCCACUCGCCAUCUCAGGCCACACCCAUCGCCGACUACUACAUCAUCGCCGGUGUUGUAUAUCAGGCGCCGGACUUGCAUUCGCUGAUCAACGCCCGCAUACUUUCCACGUGUCAUCACUUGUCCUCCGCUUUCGAAGAGUCCUAUUCCUACUCCCGAUACCACCCGUCCAAAGGCUAUUGGUUUGAGUUUAGCAAAGAUGGCGACAAAGAGGGCAAUAAAGACAAGAGCGAGAAGACCACCAAAGAGAAGGUCAAAGAGGAGAUGAAUAGUAGCACUAAAUUUCAACGAAAGAGAGUCGACAUAUUGUUGAGUGAAUUGACCAAAAAAUUUCCACCGAAACACAUCCAACAGACACCGCAACAGCCGCUCACCAACGAUAAGACCGCCGCCACGACCUCCGCAGACACCGAAGUCAAAGUGGAGCCCAAAACAGAGAAACCCGAGACCACAGCCGCCGCUCAGAGCGCGCCCACAACUACUGGACGGCGAGCGGCCGACACCAGUGCCGGCGGUCCGCCCGAGAAGAGACAGAGACUAAAUUGAGGAUUAAGUGUUGUGUAUAUAAGACUCAUAUAAGAGGUGUCACUCAUUGUCU